AUGGAAAGAGGAAACAACUCCUGCAUAUCCCAGUUCCUCCUCCUGGGCCUCUCAGAAGACCCAGAACUGCAGCCCAUUCUCUUUGGACUGUUCCUGUCCAUGUACCUGAUCACGGUGCUCGGGAACCUGCUCAUCAUCCUGGCUGUCACUUCUGACUCCCGCCUCCACACCCCUAUGUACUUCUUCAUCUGCAACCUCUCCUUUGUUGACAUCUGUUUCUCCUCUACCAUUGUUCCAAAGAUGCUGGUGAAUAUUCAGGCACAGACUAAAGACAUCUCUUUCUUACAGUGCUUCAUUCAAGUGUAUUUUUUUAUGAUGUUUGCUCUAAUGGAUCAUUUUCUCCUGACUUUGAUGGCCUAUGACCGCUUUGUAGCCAUCUGCCACCCCCUGAAAUACAUGAUCAUCAUGAAUCCCCAGCUCUGUGGCCUCCUGGUCUUCAUGUCCUGGUUUGUCAUCUUCUGGGAUGCCCUACUACACCUUCUACUGAUUUUGCGUCUAACUUUCACCAGAAGUACAGAAAUCCCACAUUUCUUUUGUAAUCUGCCACCACUGCUCCAAGUGGCCAGCUCUGAUACCCACAUCAAUGACAUUGUCUUGUAUGUAACAACUGCCCUGCUGGGUGUGUUUCCUGUCAUGGGGAUCCUCUUCUCUUACUCUCAGAUUCUUUCCUCUUUAAUGAAGAUGACUUCUUCUGAAAGCAAGACUAAGGCAUUUUCUACCUGUGGGUCUCACCUGUGUAUGGUCUCCUUAUACUAUGGGACAAGCAUUGCAGAAUACCUUAGCUUUACUUUCACCCACUCUUCCCAGGCAAGCAUGAUCGCUUCUGUGAUGUACACUGUGGUGACCCCCAUGCUGAACCCUUUCAUCUACAGCCUGAGGAACAAGGAUGUCAAGGGGGCUCUAGGCAGACUCCUCAAUAGGAAAGUCUCUUCCUUUGCAGACCACUGA